UAAUAAGAUCACCAAAAGAUUUUGAAUUUCAAAGGAAAAAAGAAAAAGAAAAGAAAUAAGAUGCAACAGUAAUAAAAAGCUUUAUUAUUUUUGCUUUUAGUAGGAGUAAAUGUUUGCCUUGGUUAGGUUAGUAUUCCUCUUACCAAGAGAACUAUUAGCUUAUAGGGCAGCACAUACAAUCAAGAUUCUGUCUAUACUUUCGAUUUAGUAGUUAACUAAAACGGUCAAUAAAUAACAUUAAAUUCUAUUGUUGAUAUCCAAAGUGCCUCUAACUUCCUUAUUGAUUAAAUUUGUAAUAAUUGUUUUAAUAGUAAAUCCACAGCUUAAGAUGCUUUCGUCUGUGGCAAAUCUUGCAGCCAACCUUAAAGUCCUGCUGAUGGUACUUACCACAUCAUCGGUGGCAAGAUUUCUACUGUAUAGUACAUUUCCUUAAAUAUCCAAGCUAGACUCUCUAACUAUGAUAUCUCUCUCUAGAGUGUCAAUGAUAUUACUUAAUUAAAGGAUAACUAUGCUCUCCCCACUAACAAGUGCUAUUUAGAUUAAGUCAAGGCAGGUUUAGGUUUUGGCGCUCCUGCUUUGCAAGCUCCCACUUCCCCCUUGUCAUAGAUUUACGAAAAAUUGUAAGUAUAAAAUCCUGGUCUUGACAAGCAAUUCUCUUUAUUCUUCAACUAAGAAAUGGGUAGAUUGUUGAUUGGUAAGAAUGAAAAAUUCUUCCAAAACGGAGAUCUCUAAACUUUCAAAGUUACUGAAGACGAAGAAGGACAAAUUAAUUUCGGUGUUACCCUUGGACCUUACAUUAACGCUAAGGGCUUAAAAGACAUCUCAACUGUUGAUAGCACUCUUCCUGAUGCUCAAUCAACAAGCAAUCUUAACACUGUUUACUUCGACAGCACAUCCAAAUAUAUUGUUUUACCCUUGGUUGUAUUCCAAAGAUUAAAUAAAUAAAUCUUCUCUUUCAAUGGUUGCAGUGCUGACUAAUCUGGUAACUAUAUUUGCGACUGUGAAAGCAGUUCUAGCACUUAUGUUCCUCUCAUUUUCUCUUUUAUUAAUGAUCCUUCUAAGAAAACCACUGAAAAUAACAGCGUUAAAUUUACCAUUUAACCCAGUGACUAUCUUGAAAAGAUUAAUGGUGGUGCUAAAUCUGGUUAAUGCUUGCUCCUCAUUACUUCCGCUGAUAACUCUGAAACAAAGGACUUCCAUUUCGGUACCUCUUUCUUACAAAACUACUACUCUAUUUACAAUUUCGACAAGAAGCUCAUUUCAAUGGCUCCUUCUCAUGGUUUUGUUCCCUCUGAGCUUACCCUUGACAACAACUAUAGAAUUCCCUUCAUCAUUGUUGGUGCUAUUUUAGGUUUCUUAUUAGUUAUUCUUAUUCUUUGCCUCCUUAAGGGUGUUAAAGUCCCAUAAGAAGAACCCUAUUCCGAUUACAUUAAGCCCCAUUAAACUACCACUGUUAGUUACCUUGUUAGAUCUCCCAGAGAAGUCGAAUCUAUUCAACAAAUUACUAAAUCUAUUAAAUCAACUGCUCCUAUUGGUACCCCUAUCCAUGCUAGAGUUAUUAAUUCCGCUGUCAGCGUUGGAUAUCCCCAAUAAACUUACUAUGCCCAAUAUUGA